AUGGGGCUGGCGGCGGCGCGGGGCUGGGCGCUGUCCCCGCUGUCCCCGGGCCCUGCGGAGCGCAGCCGGCCUUACGCUGUGCUGCAGCACCAAAAUCUGGUGCUGCUGGGCAGCAUCCUCAGCGCUCUCCUGCUCACCAUCAUCCUCAUGGCCAUCUGUGUCUACCGGCCCGUCCGGCGGCGGUAG